GUGAUGUGAGGAAGUGUACACAAACGGAAAGUAGAUUAAGUAACAAACUCCUUCCUACACGGACUUUAACACUGCUUUGGAAGCUCGGGAUGUGAUUUGUAGCUACAUUUCCGAAAAACAGACUUCAGUUACAGAAGGUUAAGACGACAGACUACCAGACAGGACAUGAGCGUGUUUGGGAAGUUAGCUGGAGGAGUUCAUGCGGUCGGCAGAAGUCAUGCUGAACUACUGCACAGGCUGCUUUCUGCUCCUCAGCGCUCACUGCCCGGCUACAUGACUGCAUCUGACAGGAAGAAGUGCUUUAGUCGGGGGUUUAGCGCUGUGCCGAACCGAGACGCUGCUGAAGUGGACCUCAGUCGUCUGGAAGGUGAAGACCAUGGCAUUGUGGAGGUUCUGAUGCGUCGGGAACGGGCGCGGAACUCUCUGGGUCGUGUGUUUGUGGCUCAGAUGCGAGAGCUGGUGUCAGGUCUGCACCAUGACGCAGCCGUGCGUGUGGUGAUCUUUAGGAGUCUGGUGCCUGGAGUCUUUUGUGCAGGGGCUGAUCUGAAGGAGAGAGCCCAGAUGAGCAACUCUGAAGCUGAGCAUUUUGUUCAUGGACUCCGUUCACUAAUGAAUGAAAUAGCGGCGUUGCCCAUGCCAACCAUCGCUGCAGUGGACGGCUUCGCUCUAGGGGGUGGGCUGGAGCUGGCGCUGGCGUGUGACCUCCGGACAGCGGCAUACACUGCUCAGAUGGGCCUGAUUGAAACCACGCGGGGACUCCUUCCAGGGGCGGGGGGCAGUCAGCGUUUGCCACGGGCAGUGGGAUUUGCUGUGGCCAAGGAGCUGAUCUUUACUGGGCGGCGUGUGGGGGGGGAACAGGCUCUACACCUGGGAAUAGUGAACCGUGCCGUCCCACAAAACCAGAGCGGAGAUGCAGCUCAUAGAGAGGCUCUCAACCUGGCCCAGGAAAUCCUCCCUCAGGCUCCGUUCGCAGUGCGCAUGGCCAAGGAAGCCAUGAGCCGAGGAAUAGAGGUGGACAUCGCUUCAGGAAUGGCCAUCGAGGGGAUGUGCUACGCCCGGGUUAUUCCAACAAAAGACAGGCAAGAGGGAAUGGCAGCUUUUAUAGAGAAAAGGCAGCCCAGAUACACUGGAGAAUAAACAGACCCAGAUCACACACAGGCUCUUUAAAGAGCUGUUUUGUGAUUCCAGUCUUACUGGAUCAUUAGACUACUUCCUAAUAUCAAAACAAACAGUACAUAUUGGCCACAUACUGGUUAGGUAAGUAAGGAAUAAAACACUUGGGGGGUGUGCUGUUCUAGGAAAACAAUCAACAACACAGUGGUGUGAUGGCAUUACCAACACAAAGUCAUUUUCCAGUAAACCUGUGAUUUGCCUUGUAGCUGAACUACUGUCAGAGCUGUGCUAGGACAGUAUAGAAAAUUAAUCAACACCUUUUGACCAAUCAGAAUCAAGAAUUCAGCAGCAUCAUGCUAAUAAUAAACAUUAUAUAGUAUAUGUUGAGAAUCUGUCUAUGCAUACCACUCCAAGAAAUGCAAUCAUCCAAAUUUUACUUCAACCAUGAUGAUCACAUUCAGAUAUUAAUUACAGCACUGCCUGAUUAACAAUAUUAUGUAUUUUGUGGAGAAAAAAAAAAAAAAAAGCUUUGGUAUCAAUUACAGUUUGGUAUGGUCCUCCAUAACAACCAUAAUACAGUUGAUUUACAGAUGCAUUUUUAGCCUCUGUAUUCAUACUGUUUACGGUAACACUGUAAUUCUGAUUAAUAAACAUUUAUUACCAAAAGGAAA